CCAGCCUUGCGUGAAUUUGGAGAAAUUAACCAUCAAAUUCUAUGGUGGAACCAAUUUUCCGAAUUGGUUAGGAGACUCGUCUUUUUCUAACAUACAAGUCAUGCAUCUCAGUGACUGUAGUUAUUGUUGGUUGCUCCCACCAGUUGGACGGCUACCGGCACUCAAAGAGCUCUGUAUAAAAAGAAUGAAGUCUUUGAGGACGAUUGGUGUUGAAUUCUAUGGGAGAGAUGGAGCUUAUCUGACUCAGCCAUUUCGAUCUCUGGAGAAGUUAGAGUUUAUGGGGAUGCCGGAGUGGGAGGAAUGGGUACCAAGUGGAAGUGCAAGUGGAGGUGAAUAUGGUCCAGACUUUCCUCGUCUCCAGGAGCUGAUUCUAUACGUGUGUCCGAAGCUAAGAGGAAAUUUGCCUUGUGAGUUGCCUUGUUUGAAGAAGCUUACGGUGUAUGGGUGUGAAGUUUUACAUGAUGGAAGGGCGACUACCGCAACUACCAAUAGUGUUAACUAUAAAUCUCUUGAAGAAUUGGAUAUAAGGGGUGGAUGCCAAACUCUGUUAUCAUUAUUAGAGACAAAGCUCCUGUCCCGACUUAAGAUUGAAAAUGUUGACGUACAGUGCUUGCCCAACUGCAAUCGUCUUCAACGUUUGACUCUUUUGAAUUGUCCAACGCUGUCGUCAUUCCCUAAAGAUGGCCUACCCACUACAUUGACAUCACUUACUAUACUCAAUUGUAGGAGAUUAGAAUUCCUACCUCAUGAGAUGUUGGCCAAAUUAACAUCGCUUGACUAUUUGGGCAUACAAAGUAGCUGUGAUUCAAUGAGGUCCUUACCGUUGGGCAUUUUUCCCAAAUUGACGACGCUUCAAAUUCUUGGUUGUGAGAAUCUGGAAUCUUUUUCCUUGAUUGAAGAAGAAGGAGCUGUUGAGAAUCUCAGCCAUCUCAAUUCCUUGCAAGUCAUUAACUGUCCAAAAAUGGUGUGUUUUCACGAGGGAGAAUUGCCCUUUCCCAACCUGAGUCACUUUGUAGUCAUUGACUGCGAGAAUUUGAAGUCAUUGCCCGAACGCCUUCACACCCUCACUGCCCUUCGAUCUUUGAAUAUAUGGAAUCUUCCGAAUCUGGAGUCAUUUGCAGAAGAUGGGGGUUUGCCUCCCAACCUCCGAUCUUUUAUCAUUAGGAAUUGUAAGAGACUGAGGGCACUUGACUCAGUGGGUUUGCAAGCACUUGUCUACCUUCAGAUCGAUGGAAGUGACCAUGUCUUGGAGACGUUGCUGCUCCCUACCACUCUUCACACUCUCUGCAUCUCUGAUCUAUCAACUCUGAAAUCUUUGGACGGAAAGGGUCUUGGACACCUCACUUCUCUUCAAACUCUAAAAAUUUACAGCUGUCCAAGUCUUCAAUGCCUGCCAGAAGAGGGUUUGCCGCCAUCUCUUUCUCAUCUGAGUAUCCGCUGUUGUCCUACCCUGGAGGAAAGGUAUAAGAAUAAAACGGGACAAGAUUGGGCAAAGAUAUCUCACAUUCCUUGCAUCGAGAUAGGGGAAGAAGUGAUCAUAUAAUAUGAGCUAUUCCAUAUUUCACGCUCAACCCUCAACUCUCAAAUCAAAGUCAGGUGAGUUUGUCGAUCUUGGGCAAGUGGAGAGAGAGGCGUCAAGUGAUACACAACAACCAUUUUCUGUGAGCUAAUUUGAUAAUGAUAAAUGGUAUGCUUUCUUGUCUUAAGCUGUGUGUUCUGCAAUUAUUUAAAACAAAGAGUGCCGCGCUUCAAGUUCGAGGAAAACAGG